AUGAAGAAAAUCUGGAGCAACAAAGAAAGUUGAUAACCGCCAUCGUUAUACCCAUUAUCUCUGACUGGUAUUUAGUUUUUGUCUGGAUACAUGGAAAACACUUCGUAGUAUACCCCUCUGUCUCCUGCCUCUGAGCCCUGCAUCGAUACAGUACAUAUCUAUGUGAGCCUUGCAUGUGACGUCACUCUCCCAGAAUGCAUGGCUUCCAGCGCGGCGCCCAGCAGUCCAGGCCCGGACUCUGAGAAACACAUUUAAAAGUUGUUCCAAAAUGUCGAUGUGGGGACGGAAUGGAGGCCAGACGGAGAGCUGGACUAAGGCACGAUCGGUCUGUAAAGAUGUUAAGCUGCCUCUGUGAUUCAGCUGUUGUGCCUGUGGUGUUCAGGGCUGCUGAAUACUAAAAUAGACUGCGGGCCAACACAAGAGCUCCUCUCAGGAAACACACAGACCCAGUCAGAGCUUCCAAAUCUCCUCAUCACCGCAGCCCUUGUAGGGUUGCUAUGGCAGCUGCUGUCACAGAGACCAACUGCUGGACACAGGCUUGCCUCAGCAAGGCAGGACAGACCACUAGUCUUUGCCGCAAGAGACCAUCAAACAGUCAACAAACAGCACUUAGCAUUAAUUCUGGCUUUCUAAGUUAACAAAACGACCAUAGGUCUUGUAGGCUGAUGGUCAGAUCUGUGGAGAAUCCUCAUGAAUCUUGUCUGUGUCUGCUCAGACUCUUGGCCUUGUGCAACAGCAGAGCCAGUACUGCUCCUUCUGUUAGACCAUGUUCCACCAGCAGGACCAUCUGACAAGCCAGCUGCAAGAGACCCACCCAACCAGCAGGCAGCUCUUCCACUGCCAGGAGUGUGGCAAGCAGUACAACACCCAGCUGGGUUAUAGACGCCACCUGGUGGCAGCCCACAGCGCUGCAGCAGGCCUGCCCUGUCCAGAGGGGGCACCUUCCCUGCUGGAGCACCUGGGUAGCCAUAUUGACAGGCCUCCACCGUCAGAGGGAAACACUAACGCUGCUAUGCCAGUGAGAGAGAGGAAGUACUCAUGUGAGAGAUGCGACCGCCGUUUUUAUACUCGUAAGGAUGUACGGCGUCAUGCUGUGGUGCACACUGGGCGGCGUGACUUCCUGUGCCCACGCUGUGCACAACGCUUUGGCCGCAGAGACCACCUGACCCGCCACUUGAAGAAGAGCCAUGCCCAGGAGUCAGGGUUGAUGCCAGCCUGUACACCCAGCACUCCUGUAGCUACACCGACCCCCACCCCCCAGUGUCCAGUGAAGGAGGAGCCCAGCCCUGUGACCUCUGAUAUGGGCUCUGUCUCUAAGGAGCCCAUGGAGACUUACUCCAGGGACAUGUACAACUCCUACCCCAUGGCCAACCCUGUUCCCGGCUUGGGCCACCCUCACGGCCUCAUGCAGGGCACCUUGUCCUCAAGCAUGGGUGUGGGUCGCCACAUGACCCCGCAAUCUUCUCUCCCCCACCACCAUCACCUGCAGCCCCCGACAGUUCAGCAGCAGCAGCCCUAUAGCAACAUGGCCAGGUACCAGCAAGGAUCUACCUCAUAUCCUCGCGCUGACGUGGACAGUUUCCUGCUGGACCUGCAGAGCGCCCCCCCACCUCACCUGAGUGUGGCCAACUCCUCUACCUCUACUUCUGCCUCUCCUCAGAGGGAGGUGCUGGGUGAAGGGGUGGGUGCUGGCGGCGACCCCCACCUGCUGUCCAGAAGUCCCGCUAUCUCCUCAACUGAGCUGUCCUGUACCACUAACAUGGACCUGGGGCCUCUGCUGGGCUUUUUGCCUUUCAGUCUGCCGCCCUACAGCCCUCACAUGGGGAUGGGAGGGUUAGUGAUGAGCUAUCCACCUGCCACCACCACCACUUCCUCUCCAUCCUCUGCUACUGGGCUGUCCUCCCAGGCUCCAGGGCCUUUCACUUUCUUCCAGCCUCCCCAGGCUCAUGUACCCCAGGGCCCCGGAGCCCACAACCACAGCCAGCUACCUCAGGCAUACAGCAGUCCUGCGAUGAGCACUUCCAGCUCCCUACCUCACUACUACCAGGCCUUUCAGCAGUAAGCAGUUUUAUCCAUACAAGCGUUGCCUUCACACAAGUUCAUGGAUUUUCAUGACAAGGGUAAAACUUUUUUUUGUUGAACACAACAAAUCACCUCAACAGUAUUACCUCAUUAUUUAAAAAGGAAGCUUGAACCUUUGAGGAAAUGUAGAUGGUCUCACUACAACCAAAAUAGAGUAGUGCUUCUUUUCGUCAGGCUUGUUACCAACAGUGAAUGCACUUAACACUCGUCUCAGGUGCUGUACAGUGUGGAGAGUCAUCCCGUUUUAGGUUAUCAUGGAGAAUGCUACAGCGUUGGGGGUUACUUUAUCCAGUAAUGCAUCAUGUUUAAGAAAAAUGUUCCCUUCCUUACUGAAGCUCAAUUGAGAUUUUCUCAUUUUAGAAUACUGGAGUUAAAACAGCCUUACAGAGUGAGAACAGACGGUGUAAGAUGUACUCAGUCACAAUGAGUACAUGCAAAAAAAAAAAAAACAACAAUAAGAAAAUGCAAAGUGAAACCCCAGUAGCGCUGCCUGGUGGUUAACCAGUUAGAAUAUGCAGUAAAGAACUUUCCACUCAGUUAACCAGCCUUACACCAACUCAUGUGCCUGAAAUGACAGUUACAGUAAACAGUUGUUACUAUUACUGUACAGCUAGGCUGUACAUACAAAAUUUAAAGGAUACUGUAAACCCGUGCUUGUAAACUGUUAUUAGGUAAGUGAACAGUCACACCUUGUUAGAGGAAUUGAACUGCAAAAGCAUUUGAGAAACAUCAGAAUCUGAAAUUCUGAUGUUCUUAUAUAAGAAAAAUGUAACAGAGCAGCUCUUCAAGUCAGAAUUUCACAUUGGAAGCCCCGAGGAUUUCUAGAUGCAGUUUAUGAGGUCACCUCAGCAAAGUGACACAAACUCCAAUGCAACUAUUUUAUGCAUUACAUAACAUCACUAGCUUAAAAUGCACUUAGGUUUCAUUUUUAACAUGGGAGGUCAUGCCAGAGCUGUCAGAUGAGGUGGAAAGUUGCUGCUCCACUGCUGUCUGUUGGUAAAACUUAAAAACAAACCUUUUAAAAACAUGUUCUGACCUACAAGGUUGGUGUUGCUUAAAAUAUUCUUGAGCUCCAUAUACUCCAAUGUAUAUGAAUUUACUGUAUUAUUUCAAAUGGUUCUGUUUUUGAGACACUGCAGCAAUCACGUGUUUACUGCAACUGGCAGCCAGUGGGUGAAUCAGUCUUUCCACCUUUUUAGUUGUGCUCAGCCACAACUCACCUGUUUGUCCCCUCUUGCAAUGCUCCCAGCAUCCACAGUGUAUCUUGUGCCUCUCUGUCUGAACACAGCCUCAGAGAGCAGUGCAGCAGCUGUUUUUUCUAUGAUCCUUAAAUCUCUUGAAUUGGUUUUGUUGAAAGGUCAGACGGGGAACUCAGAAAUGUUCAGUUCCAGACAGUGAUAGGCAGGUCACUGGUCUCAAGGCUGCUACGUGUCCCUUAAAAUACAUUAAAGCACAUAUUAUUUUUGAAAGUAUUAUAGAUAUUAGCCCAGACAGGUAUCCAACAGAAUCCACUUUCUGGUGUGCAGAAAAUUUGCUUUGAACUCAUCUGGUGGUAGGAGAUGGCUCUCCAGAACUGUGACACUAAGUAUGAUUGCUGCAGAGCAGAUGGAAAGCUCACUGCAAGCCAUUUCUCAACAUGUGGGAAACAGAAAAUGUCACAAAGUGUCACAGUCAUUUUCAAGUUCACCUGUGUGUUCACACUUAUUGUCAUAGUACGGAACAUAAAAGCACUUUGCAAUAUGUUGAUCUAUCUGUAUCAUUGUAGCCUUCUCCCCCAUUUCCAUAUUUCCCAUAGAGGAAGGUGGAAACCCUAGCUAUAUCAUGAGACCUGAGGCACUUGGGAACAGCGAUGUAAUUUAGGAAAAAGGAAGUCUCAAAGCGCUCCCUGUUACCCGCUUUGUUCUUCUCAACUGGACCACUGGAUCUGAGCAGGUUGUGACUGUGACCUGCUUGUUGUGAAAUUCUGAAUAGAAUGCAGCAAUUGUACCUAUUUUAGACCUUUGACUGUGUCACUGUUGGUAUUGACAGCCAUUCCUCCAAGGCUGUGGUGCGAGAGAGACUGCCUUAAUUCCAUGAAAUUCAUGUUGAAGGACUUCUCCAGCUGUUGCACCAAUGUCUUAAAAUGCUACUGUUGUGCCUCUCUAAGAGUGUCUAAUCUCUUGACAGGGUUUAAGCACUUAUGACAUUUCUAGAAAAGGAUGAAUUUGAUCUGUACCUCAAACAUGCAUAACUGUGGGUUUCUGUUUUUAUUUGUAUUUGCUUUUAGUUAUUUUGGCUCUUACUUGUGCCAUUAGAUUGAAACUAUAAAGGUAGGUUUAUGAAGCUAAACUCUUUAUCUAGCAGCAGACAUUGACAUUAUAAUUCAGUCAAACUUUCUACCUCUACUAUGUUGUCAUAUAUCUUUCUGCAAAAAUCAUUAGAAAUAGUUUUAACCUGUAAUAACUAGGCAGUUUUUACCACCAUUGAAUAUGGGUAUGUGUUCAGAAUUCAACUUUUAAGGACUAGGUACACACAAAUCCUAGUGGUGUACUCCAGCGUCAAACAUUGUUCUCUAUACUUGCCUUUAAUGAUAUUUCUACUUAUUUACUACCUCAGAAGAGACAGGUGACUGUCCAUCUAACUGCAGAGAAAAUGUAUGUGUAGAGUUUUAUUUUUGUCAGAAGAAGCACAUGUACUUUGUAGCUCCAUAGUUUUUUACUGAGAUUAGCUCAGAAAUGAGCAAAAGAUGUCUAGUGCAAGUACCAGUUCACACUGCAUUUGUUCUUUUAUUAUGCUGUCUCUGCCUCUUCAGUCUGGAAUGUUUGCUCUGUUUAUGAAUCUGGGCCUCAGUCUAAAGGAAUUACACAGUUACAUGUUGGAAUGUACAGACUGCAGUUCCUUGAAUGGCCACUUGAGGCUGGCUCCAAAAGUGAGUCAAUCCACAUAGACCCCCAUAUUAUAAUGACCAACGUUACAGCAAAAAUUAACAUGUUUACAGGAAGAAAACAUGUUUUUCUCUCUAUAGCUAAUUUCCAGUUCUUGACAACUGUUUGAGGACGAUUUUUUAUAUAAUUCACUCAUCCCAAUUAUGUUAAGGCAUAAAAUUAUGCAUAACCGUGGGCAUGGCCGCUUUGAGCGACAGCUAGCUGCUAGGUGUUUUUCAAAUGUUUUGUACAGUAUGUGGUGUGUCAAUUUGGUCUUGGUAAUUUGAGCAGUUGAGAAGUUGGGAAUAUGCGUCACUAAACCGAAAUGUCUGGCCCUGCUGUCCUCCAGAGAAGUAACACUGGUCUUUUUUUCAAAACAUUUAAGGUCUCAGUAUGCUUCAGAUGAACUAGUUCAAAAAAAAAAACAUUCAAACAGUUAAAGGGUGUCCAGCUGUUCUGAAUGUCCACACUGGAAAGCGAGGUGAAAAGCCUGCUGUCUCCUGGCUUCAUCCCACUGCGUCUCUGAUCUCUAGUACUAGUACAAAUGAAGAGAACAGCUCACACUUACAGUCUGUCCUCAAAGACAGUCAUAGUGUUGCACUCCAUUGUUCAGAAAAGUAACCGAAGUAGUUGAGUGAAGAGUGAAAAAAGAUCUUGAGAGAGAAGUUGAAGCUGAGCCUGCAUUCACAGCACCAUACACCAGGCCUUCAGUCUGUGAAGGGGGAGUGAUUGUUGGACUUAAUGUUUAGGAAAUUUACAAAACGCUCACACAGCCUCCUUGCUCUUGUUAUGAUGCAGAAAGUAGGUUUCAGAUGCUUUUAGAUGAUCCAGCAGACACUUCAUUUGAAGCAUAUUGAGGCCUUUGAAAUGACCCACUUGUUACUGACAAGGAACUGUAGUGGCUGUUCAAAUUCUGCUGUCUGUCAGGAACCAAGGCAGGAGAGGUGAGAUGUGGAUGGUGGGUCAACAGGAUACUGCUAUUCAAAUGCUGUUCUUACCAACAGUCAAUGAUGGAGUCUUAACCACAACCACCAUCUUUCCACAGCUGUAACCAAACCUUAGAGAUGAUGGAUCAGAAAACACUUCCAUUAAUCAUUUUUCAUCUGUAGUGUUUGUGGAAAUCACUGACAGAUGAUGUCCUGCCAAUCAGAGGGCAAAUGGCAAAAUUCUUAUAUAGCUCAAUAAAGUUGUGCUUAUAAUUUGGUCCAAAAACAGGCUCAGUGAGGGCCACUAAUGUUUUUUCUUUUGCCCAGCAGAAGCCACCACCAUCCCACCCUUGAGUCAUUAACAUGUUGCAUUGUUAGACUGGCACAUGUCUGCAGACUGGUAGACUGACCUGCUCUUGCUGCAUUGUGUAUGAUUUGUUUGAAGUUUGGACUAAACACAAGAAGCAUUCCAUACUGAAUGUAGAGAAGCAGAGCAGAGUAUACAGAGGACACCAGGAUUCAUUUAAGAUCAUUCAGUACUGUUGUUGCUUGCAUUUAGGUUGAUGCAGGUUUCGCCACCUUUAACUUAGAUAACUUUUGCGUUAGGUGUUUGUAUUAUCACUUAAUAGAUUAGAAGACAGUGAAAAGCAGUUGUUAUUUUCUGAUUGUCUGAGCAUAAAGUAAUACAAAAUAAAUCUUUAGAUUUC